AUGGCUGCAGUAGAUUGCAUGGAGUUAACGAAUCUAUCUGGGAGCAGAAGUUCGGACCCUAAAAAGACGGAGUCCUGGAAACGUCAUAUCAUCCGGCAAUUGAAACAGCGCGACAAAUCGCAGAAGAUCAUUUUUCAAGAUGUCAUUCGAUCAUAUCUCAAUCUGCUUGAACGGUCGAAGCAGAGAGCCCUCAUAACUAAAGGCAUUCUGGGAUCUGUGAGCAGGCCCCCACAAGUUGAUUCAUCCAAAGAGUCUGUGGCGACCCUUAUUUCCAGACAUGACGGUGAAGUAAGAGAUCUCAGGAAAACCACCGGAGACCUUGCGUACAAAGUGGUGGAACUUCAGCAGCAGAUAAAAAUCAAGGAAGCCGUACUGGUGGAGCAGCAUGCCAGGCUGAAUGAGACCGAGGCCCUCCUGUCCGCCGUUGAGCUGGAGCAUGACGUGAUCCAGGAGCGUGUGACCGAAAUGCAGGAGGGGAACCGGCACCUCAAACGGGAGUAUGAUAGUCUGCUACAGCGCCACCAAGAGGUGGAGAUGACCUACCGACGGGAGAAACUGCACGGCUCGGAGUUGCUGGAGGACAUGAUCCGGCGUAAACAGCAUGCCGCCGCUCGCAUGAACAACAGAAACGAGAAAAGAGUGAGAGCCAGGGAAGCCAGUCUUCACAAGGAAAUUGAGAGCGCUGCCAAUAAAAAAGUCAACAUCGAGGAUAUACCAUGCAAAGUACCAGCCUCUCCGAAAGCAUCUUCACCAAAGAGUGAGAAGAGUUUAGAACGGAGUCAUGGGCGUGUUUUCAGGUCGGCCUCUGCCACUUCUCCUCGUCUUUUCAGUUCCUUCAGAGGCCUAUUCGACAAGAAGAGGAGGGGUAAUUCAGUCUGUAGUGAGGAGGAGGAUCUCUGCGCUCCUGUCGGCAUCUGCCUCGUCGCUAGGGUUCCAUCCAGAGCAAACCAUGUCCUGGAUGCUCAUGAACUGGGGAUCAAUGCAGUUCGAUUCAGCCCCAGUUCAAACCUGCUGGCUACGGGUGGAACAGACAGGGUGAUUAAUCUAUGGGACGUCAGUGGAGGCAUGCUACACAAAAGAGGGACACUAGAUGGCAGUAACGAGGGCAUCACCAGCAUCGAGUUUGACCCGACGGGCACCAGGAUUUUAGCGGCGUCGUACGAUAAAUCGGCUCUGUUUUGGAGGCUGGAUGAUUGCGUUCCCAAGGUCACGCUGACAGGUCACUCUCGUAAGGUAACGGCAGCCAAGUUCAAAUGCAGCCUCAAGCAUGUGGUGACCGGGAGCGCAGACAGGACAGUGAAGAUCUGGGAUCUACAACGGGCUGCCUGCAUACAGACCAUAGAGGUUUUAUCUUAUUGCAGUGAUGUGGUUUGCUCAGAAUACUUUAUAAUCAGCGGACAUUAUGACAGAAAGAUACGCUUUUGGGACAGUAGGGCGGCGAGCUGCACGCAGGAAGUGCCCCUCCAGGGGAGAGUGACGUCUCUGGACAUCUGCCCUGACCACCGGCAGCUACUCAGCUGCUCCCGUGAUGAGAGUCUCCAGCUGGUGGAUCUGAGGAUGAACAAUUCCAGGGUCACGUUCAGGGCCGAGGGCUUCAAAUGUGGAUGCGACAGCACCAAGGCCAUAUUCAGCCCAGACGGUAGUUAUUUGGCAGCUGGCUCGGCUGAUGGAGCUGUGUACAUCUGGAACAUAAACACCGGUAACCUGGAGACCCGUCUUCCAGACAUGCAUAGGUCUUGCAUCAAUGCGGUCGCCUGGUCCGUGUCGGGGGAGUAUGUGGUCAGCGUGGACAAGAGCCGGAGAGCCGUCCUCUGGAGUGACAUCUGA